AUGCUUGUUUAUAUUAGAGAUGAAGAUGGUUUUAGCAAAAUGAUCAAUAUUAAUCGAAAUGAUGAACUUAAGAAUCGAUAUAGGAAAAUUCUAUUAGAUGGUGUGUGUUUAGAAUCAUUUGCAUGUAAAGAAUUGAUCUAUUAUUACUUUGGUUCAUCAGGAAGUCAAAUGAAGGAACAAGACUUUUGGUGUUUGGCACCUACUAAAGUCAAAUCAACUAAUGCUGCAUAUGUAGUUAACGAAGCACGAAUAGCAUUAGGUGAUUUAAAGAAAAUUCAAAAUAUUGCGACAUAUAUUGCACGAGUCGGUCUUUAUCUAACGACAACAAAGUCAACAGAUGAGGACAUACCAUCUGCCUAUCAAGUACGUAUUGCUGGUUGUCAAGGAAUGUUAUCCAUUGAUUCUCAAUCAACAAUGAAUGAUGAUUAUAUAAAAGUUCGAAAAAGUAUGAUGAAAUUAAACAGUGAUGAUUGGACACUUGAAAUUGUUGAUCAUUCUCGAUUAAGUAAGUCAAUGAUGAAUAAUAUUCCAUUAAUUGGGGGGAUUGGCGGAGUGGCAAUAUGUUCGUUUCUCGAGAAUCGGUAUCAUGUUCGAGCCUUCCCCCCUACGGCACCAAGUUUUAAAUAA